AUGGCCACCGGCCUCGGUCCCGACGCUCCCCUGCAGCCGAGCGCGCUGUCCACCCAGCAGACCACGCUCCUGCUGCUCCUGUCGGUGCUGGCCGCGGUGCACGUGGGCCAGUGGCUGCUGAGGCAGCGGCGGCGGCAGCCGGGGUCCGCGCCGCCCGGCCCCUUCGCCUGGCCGCUGAUCGGAAACGCGGCGGCGAUGGGCCCGGCGCCGCACCUCUCGUUCGCGCGCCUCGCGCGGCGCUACGGCGACGUCUUCCAGAUCCGCCUGGGCAACUGCCCGGUGGUGGUGCUGAACGGCGAGCGCGCCAUCCGCCAGGCGCUGGUGCAGCAGGGCGCCGCCUUCGCCGACCGGCCGCGCUUCGCCUCCUUUCGAGUGGUGUCGGGCGGCCGCAGCCUGGCUUUCGGCCAGUACUCCCAGAGAUGGAAGACGCAGCGGCGCGCGGCGCAGAGCACCAUGCGAGCCUUCUGCACGCGCCAGCCGCGCAGCCGGCGCGUCCUCGAGGGCCACGUGCUGGGCGAGGCGCGCGAGCUGGUGGAGCUGCUGGUGCGCGGCAGCGCGGGCGGCGCCUACGUCGACCCGCGGCCGCUGACCGUGGUGGCGGUGGCCAACGUCAUGAGCGCCGUGUGCUUCGGCUGCCGCUACAGCCACGACGACGCGGAGUUCCGCGAGCUGCUCAGCCACAACGACAAAUUUGGGCGCACGGUGGGCGCGGGCAGCUUGGUGGACGUGCUGCCCUGGCUGCAGCGCUUCCCCAACCCCGUGCGCACCGCCUUCCGCGAGUUCGAGCAGCUCAACCACAACUUCAGCAACUUCGUCCUCAACAAGUUCCUGAAGCACCGAGAAAGCCUGCAGCACGGGGCCGCCCCCCGCGACAUGAUGGACGCCUUCAUCCUCUCCGCGGGGACGGCGGAGGCGGCGGAGGGCUCCGACGACGGCGGCGCGCGGCUGGACGUGGAGUACGUGCCGGCCACUGUCACCGACAUCUUCGGCGCCAGCCAGGACACGCUCUCCACCGCGCUGCAGUGGCUGCUCAUCCUUUUCACCAGGUAUCCUGAAGUGCAGGCUCGGGUCCAGGCAGAACUGGAUCAAGUCGUGGGUAGAGACCGCCUACCCUGCCUGCAAGACCAGCCCAACCUGCCCUACGUCGUGGCCUUUCUUUACGAAGCCAUGCGCUUCUCCAGCUUUGUGCCCGUCACCAUUCCUCAUGCCACCGCCACCAGUGCCUCCGUCCUGGGCUACCACAUUCCCAAGGACACAGUGGUUUUUGUUAACCAGUGGUCCGUGAAUCAUGACCCGGAGAAGUGGCCUAACCCAGAGGACUUUGAUCCAGCCCGGUUCUUGGACAAGGACGGCUUCAUCGACAAGGACCUGGCCAGCAGCGUGAUGAUUUUUUCAGUAGGCAAACGGCGGUGCAUUGGGGAAGAGCUUUCCAAGAUGCAGCUCUUUCUUUUCAUUUCCAUCCUGGCUCACGAGUGCAAUUUCAAGGCCAAUCCAGACGAACCCCCGAAAAUGGAUUUUGAUUACGGUCUGACCAUUAAACCCAAGUCAUUUAAAAUCAACGUCACUCUCAGAGAGUCCAUGGAGCUCCUCGAUAGUGCUGUCCAAAAGUUACAAGCUGAGGAGGACUGCCAGUGUGAGGCCAGAAGCAAGCUGGAAUGUUAG